CUGUUUAUAUUAUUAAGGUUAAAAAGCGGUGUAUUAUCAAAGAAUAUAGACGAUUCUUUGGUAUUAUCAAGGAAUAAUUUAGAUUUUAAAACUUUUGUAUAAUAAAGUCACCCAUUUCCUAAAUAAUGGAAGUCCUAAAUUCAAAUUUCAAAUCACUUUUUAGUGAAAUAGAGGAAGCUAUUAAUGCUAGUUUAUUUAUAAGUAUAGAUUGUGAAUUAUCAGGACUCAAUAUUGUUAGAAAUAUAAAGGCUUUUGAUACCCCACAAGAGUAUUACUCAAAAAUGAGAAUUAACAGUAAAGACUUUUUGGUCUUACAAUAUGGAAUAAGUGCUUUUAGGUAUGAUGAACGUGAAAACAAUUUUAAACACCAAACAUAUAAUUUUUACACAUUUAGACGACCUGUUAACAGAAAUGUACCUGAUAUAAGAUUUUUAUGCCAAUCUUCUAGUAUUGAUUUUCUAAUUAGUCAUGGAUUCGAUUUUAAUAAGCUCUUUAAGGAAGGUAUUUCUUAUUUAACUGAAGAAGAAUAUGACAAUUACAAAAGUAACAUUGAACAAUCCUAUCAAACAGUUUUGGAGGGAAUUGGUUCUAGGAAAAGUGAAGACAGCUGUGACUUUAUACAAGUACCAGAUAACGCAGUAGCAUUUAUUGAUGAUAUUAAAUCAAAAAUAGAAAGUUUCCUCACAAGCGAUAAAGUAGAAUUGCAGCUUCCCAAAUGUAAUGCAUUCUUUAGGAAAUUAAUAUACCAAACUAAGGAGGAAAAGUAUUCAAAUCAAAUUUACUUAGAAACAAGACAAGUAGAUAAAGACAGGGUGUUAUUUGUAACAAAAUUAAAAAGCCCAGAAGAAGAAAGGGAACUGGCAAGGAAGAGAUAUGAAGAAAAUUUAAAAGAACUAGAUAAUUUUUAUGGUUUCAGCAAACUUCUGAAAGUGCUGAUAAAGUCAGGGAAAUUAAUAAUUGGACAUAACUUAUGCUUAGACUUUUUCCAUACGAUUGACAAGUUUUUUAUGCCAUUACCAGAAUCAUAUACAGAGUUUAAACAGAUGAGUCACAAAUUAUUUUCUCGGGUGCUCGAUACCAAAUAUAUGGCGAGCAGUGGACUAUUUAAAGACCUGAUUCAAUCAACUGUACUAAAACAUUUAUUGGAUACAGUAUCAGAAAGACCUUUUGGACUUCCGCAAAUUGUUCCUGAGAAAGAGGGUAGAGCUUAUGAAAUGAACGAUAGUAAGGAACAUGAAGCAGGCUAUGACGCAUUCAUUACCGGUCUUUCUUUUAUAGGAAUGUGGAAGCAUCUUGGUUUACUUGACAAUCGGACUGAUCCUAAGACUUUCAACAGCAUGGAUCUUUUGGAACCAUACAUCAAUAAAUUAUUCUUGAUGAACUUGUCAGAUAACCAAUAUAUCAAUUUAGCCGGAGAUGAUCAUCUAGUAUCAAGAGAUCACGUAUUUUAUGUAAGUUUUUCGGAAGAUUGGAAGCUGAGUAACCUUCAACAAUUAUUUAGCCCCUUUGGUAAUGUAUAUGUCUCCUGGCUUGACGAAACGUCAGCCUACGUGGCGCUACACAAAAGAGACGAAGCCAAGAUAUGUUACACUACCUUAAAAUCAGGCGAUGGGUAUAUAAUCAAAACUUUCGCAGAGAGAAAGAUGCAGUUGAACGGAAGCAAGCCUCCGAAAGCUAUUUCAUCUCCGAUUCCUUCUAAAAAGAGGAAGAGUUCAGAGUCGCCGGUGCCCAAAAAUCAGAAGAGGGAAAAAACAGGCAUAGAUGAUGCCCUAUUAAAAAUGACAAUAGAGCCAGAGAUGGAGGCACACAGCAAAAAGAGUAGAACAUUUACGGAAGAUGAUAACUGGACAUGAUUUAAACAAUUAGUAAUAAUUUUAAAUGGAGUUAAAUAUCAUUGAAUUUAAUUUUUUGUAUAUAUUUAAGGUAUUAUAUCACCUUAUUGCAAUAAAUAUGAUGAUUUA